GGAGGGAGGGGAGCGGGGCGGUCGCGUCGCCGUCCCCGAGGCGCUCCGCCCGGUGUCCGUCCCGUCCCCCCGCCCCCGGAGCGAUGAUGGCCGCGGCGGCCGACCUGGAGUCCUCGCUGGAGCUGAGCCUGACGAGCAGCGGCGCGGUCGCCGGCGGCGGGCUGCCCCCGGCCCGCUCCCGCAUCUUCAAGAUCAUCGUCAUCGGGGACUCCAACGUGGGGAAGACGUGCCUCACCUACCGCUUCUGCGCCGGCCGCUUCCCCCAGCGCACCGAGGCCACCAUCGGCGUGGACUUCCGCGAGCGCGCCGUUACCAUCGACGGCGAGCGCAUCAAGAUCCAGCUAUGGGAUACGGCAGGCCAGGAGCGCUUCAGAAAGAGCAUGGUACAGCACUAUUACAGAAAUGUACAUGCUGUUGUGUUUGUAUAUGAUAUGACAAACAUUGCCAGUUUUCACAGUCUGCCAUCGUGGAUAGAGGAAUGCAAACAGCACCUUCUUGCCAAUGAUAUACCACGGAUUCUUGUUGGAAAUAAAUGUGACCUGAGAAGUGCUAUUCAGGUACCUACGGACUUGGCCCAGAAGUUUGCUGAUACUCACAGUAUGCCAUUGUUUGAAACCUCUGCCAAAAACCCCAAUGACAAUGACCAUGUGGAGGCCAUAUUUAUGACACUGGCUCACAAGCUUAAAAGUCACAAGCCAUUAAUGCUUAGUCAACCCCCAGAUCGCGAUGAAAUACAUAUAAAGCCUGAACCAAAACCUGCCAUGACCUGCUGGUGUUAAAUCAUGUUAUUAUCAGCUAUCACCUUGUCUUGUUUGCAAAUGCUUCAAAAUUACGAUCUUGGCAAAGUUCCAGGUUUUGGUAGCAAUUAUAGCGAAUCUCUUUGGCACUUUAAUGUGGGUUGGUUUUUUUUUUUUCUGGUGUGGAUGUGCCCAUCUCAUGUUCUUGCACUUUGUAAUUGUACUUUCUGAAUUACUGAAGUUUCACUAUAAAUAUAUGGGAAAGUAAACUUUCAAGUGAAGUUUUGACAAAGCAAUUCUACUUGAGCUCUUGCUGCCUGAGAUAUUGUUUUCAUCACUUGUGGUAAGGUUAUAAAUAGUAAGCCAGUUUACUAACAUUUUUGGUUGCUACUUGCAUUGGAAUAAUGUAGGAGAAAGUGUUUUGUGACAGCCAGAUAGCUUGAUUUUUGGGUCAGCGAGCAGGCAGAUUUUUGGUCUAUGAAGGAAUAUUUGGUGACUGCUAGCAAAUUGCUAAGCAAGUACCUUUUUAUUAAAAAAAAAAAACAAAACAAAAACCAAAAAACCCAGGACUGUCAGAUAAAGUUUGGGCUGCCAGUGUAGGUGCAAACUGCUAGCUUUUGGCUUGUCAUUCCACUGUAAACUUUGUCUGUUUCUUCAUGGCAAUGGUAAGAGAAUUGACAAACUUAUCCCUACCUCUAGACAAUUAUUUGAUACUUAAGACUUCAUUAAUUUUUCAUAAUUAGCAUGUAAAAGUAAACUAUGCAUUCCUUCUUAUGGAAAGUACUGUAGCACAGGAUUUGGGGUAAAUUUGGCACUAUAACUGUCCGUAACUUCUCUGACCUUACUGAAACUUCAAUGAGGACUUAUUUCUAAAGAUGCUGUAUUGGAAUUGAGUGUCCCAGGGUAAGUAAAAACAGAUAAGUAAAUAAAAGAUUGAGUGAAGUUGGCAAAAGCAUACUGGUUUUCAAAGACAGGGAUUUCGGAGGAUUUUGGUGAUAAUGAAUGCUUUUCAAAUAUCUUGAAAAAGCUUUUUACAACCAACUUGCUAACAUAUUUUAGGGAUGGAAAUGCUUAGGACAAAAUGUUAGGAAUAUGGGACUUUCUUAAAAUACUUCUGAAUACAAAAUAAAUUAGAUCUUGAAAUAUGGAGAGAAUCUGCCAAAUACAUCAUCUGUUACAGAUUUUUGAGCUACAACCUGCUUGUGUAAUGUCGUGGCUCUGUGGGGGGCAUCCUUGGCAUUUCUAAUGUGAGUUAGUAAUGUGUUGGGUCAGAUGAGGGAAAUUACUCCUCUAGAACCUUCUGUGUUCUCAUAACUGCAGCCAUUUUAUUUCAGUUCUGUCUGAAGGUCAAGUUUCAUAAUAAAAAUGGUGCUAGGUUGCACAUAAUUACAUAAAGCGAAAUGUAAGCCAUGGAACACAAUCUAUGACUUCAUAUACCAUGUCAAACAAUGUUUUGUGACUUAGUUUUUAAAGGAAUUGACAUAAAAAUGAAGAUUUUUGAUUUGCAAUAUGUAGUGUGUGAUGCUGACUGGAAAUUAUAUGAAAGGGCCAGUUCAGAAGCUGCGACCCUAGUGAUCACAUUAGAAACAAAUUAUUGAAACACAAUAACUAAUAUUAUUUAAACUAUUACAAUUAAUAAGGUGUAAUUCUAUUGCAGGUUAUACUGACGAAAGAAAAAUGCAUUGACUUUUUUCUAGAUUUAGAAAGCAUUCAAUUUGGUCUAAUAUGAUUAAGAUGUUUAAAAAGAAUCUAAACAAAAGGUAGUAUUUUUUCCUGUAUAAAGCUGCUACAACUGUGACAGUAAUUUUGUUUAGGAAACAUUUGUAAAAGGGAACUUUUGUAUUCACUCUGAACCUUACACAACUAGAAUUUGGUUUACAGUCCUUUCAGAAACAAUCAGCUUUUUAACACUAGUGUCCUUAAUGAUUUUUUUAAGAAAAGGGUUGAUCUUAAAUUUAUGUGUAUACUAUUGUAAAUAAAUAUGGUUUACAGUCCUCUUGGACAAUUUGUUUUUCACUCAUGUCCUUAAUCCUUUUUCUCAAAAGGAUCCAUCUUAACUAUUUGUAUAAUAAGUAUGUCAGCAAAUGUUCUUUUUUUUUUUUUUUUUUUUUUUUUUUUUAAUUAAAAAAACAGAAUGAAGAAUUCCAAAGUCAGUGAGUCAGGUUGGGGGUUGAGGUAAAGGAAAUUAUGUAGCUACAAUGUUACUGUUAAAUUUGAUAUCAACCAUCUGCAAAUCUGUUAAGCUUUAUGUUAUUCACAACCUGUAAAUAAGGGCCCUUGUCAUUAAAACUGUGUGGAAGCAAUGUUUAAGUAUGUAAUUUCAUCUUCAGCACAAAGCAUGUUUUAAUGGUUCUGCCAUAAAGGUAACGUGGUUAUUAAUGCAGGAUUCAGUAUGCUUCCUGGCUUUCAGUGGUAAUGUUCUGCCCACAAAAUUGAUGUCAAAAGUACUGAACAUUUUGUAUAUGUAUUUUCACUUUACCAAAUUGUAAAGUUGGGUUAUUUUGUAUGUGUUGGGGGGAGGGCAAGACACAAUCCCAGAGACCUAAUAAACUGGCUUUGCCACAAA